CCCGUUUUCUCCUCUCAUUGCCGCUUUGUCAUUGGCGGGUUGUUCACUUCGAAGGGUCAUCAAUGUCCCUCAUCAAGAAGGCAAUCAUCCCAUUGCAUAUGCGUGUUGGUGCGAGAUGGCUGUGGUGGCUGCAAUUUAUCAGGCAAUGGGCUUGGUGGAUGUGGUCUCCCUGUGCCUGGGCCUGGAGCCCCUGGCUUCAAUGGAACCCUCCUUCAAGGUUGGAUGCUGCUAAACGCAGUCGAAUCCGCCGCUUAAAAUUGUUGGUUCCAUCGCGCAGAGUUUUGGAAGAGCGUUAACCCCAGAAUGGGACGAAAGCCCCAGUAAGGCCCGUCAUCCGCACUCGGAGAUCGAGGUACAGGGUGGCUAAAGGCCGUUAAUAAACGUCAUGGCAUCCCCGUGUUUUGUCCAUCGUAGAUUUGUCGUCCCA